AUGGCACGAUGGCUGAAGAUGGGACCUCCCUCAAGCUACUGGGUUCCGUGCUUCUACUUCCCGCAGGGCUUCAUGACCUGCUCCAAGCAGGUCCACGCGCGAAAGACGAAGAUUCCGAUCGAUGCCUUGGUCUUCUGGCAGGAGAUGACGAACUGCACGGAGCCCCGCCUGGCCGAUCCACCGGCAGAUGGGGUGAACGUGCAUGGACUCUUCCUGCAGGGAGCCGGCUGGGACGUUCCAUCAAAGAAGAUGGUGGAGUCUGAGAAGGCGGUGCUCUUCAAGGAGCUCCCGGUGAUCUGGGUGCAAGUGGUGGAGGAGGCAACCUUCCAGAAGGUUUCCGCAGAACCUGGCAGGUACACCUGUCCCCUCUACAAGACCUCACUGCGCAAGGGAACUCUGGCGACGACAGGUCACUCCACCAACUUCGUUUGCUAUUUCCGGCUGCCAAGUAACGAGGAGGAUCAGGGCCACUGGGUUCGCCGAGGUGUGGCGCUUCUUUGUGCCUCAACUCCAGUUACGGGAUUCGCGACACUCGCUAUUGGUGGAUCAGGGGACAAGAGACGCUCAUCAAAAACAGAUGCUUGCUGCAUCUUUGUAUGUCGCGCAGCACUGAGAUCUUCAUAA